AUGUCACCCACCUCCCUCCACACCCGAGACACCAACUCCUCCAUCUUCCAGAACCCAGGCGAAAAACGCGGUUUCAUCGUCGUCAUCAUUCUCUCCGUCCUCGCUACCGUCGGCAUGUUCUGCCUCAUCAUCACGCUCGUCAUCUGCAAGAACAAGCGCGACCGGAAGAAGAGAGCGGCCAAGAUGGAUGCGGAGAAGAGUUUGAAUUUUCUGCCGGGCAGGAAGGGGAGGUAUCGCAAGUUGGAGGAUGAGGAUGAGGGCGAGGUGUGGAGUGUGGAGAUGGAUGAUCGGAGGCCGACGGCUUAUCAGGGGAGGUAUAGUGAGGGUAACAUUCAACGCCUGGAGGAGGAACUGGAGAAGAUGGAACUCUCACGCCCACUAGGAACAGAGCAGCACAGGGAAGACGAUCGUCCGAAAGCACCACUGGACAAAACAUCGAUGUCGCAGACUCCAGAAGAGCGCAAAUCUACUGAGGACGAUCCAAAGGAUGAGGUUGUAUGUACAGCGGAAGUAGACUCAUGCUCAACUCCCAACCUCAAACGCCCCAUCCCGUCCACUGCAACCGAGGAAAUCUUCAGCCCUUUCCCAUCAACAGUCUGGGUCAUCACUCAGACAAGAGUGGUUUUCACUACUCUCCGCACUCUCUGCCUCUGCACCUCGUUUUCCACUUCCAAAGCAGUGCUGUACCGCCUCAGAGACGAAUUCUCUUCACGGCCUUCUCUCAAUGUUUCAGAGCGGACGAAGCGUGCGUUAAGGGAGUAUUACGUGGUACACGACCAUAGUGAUAGCGAGGAAGAGGAGAACGGUAUCGGCUUUGACGUACUGAUGGAUGAGACUGAGGGUGUGCUCUAUCAUGUUAAUACUAGCAGGGCGAAAGGGAACAAGUGGCAGGGAAAAAUAACAGAUGGGAAGGUUUUCGGAGACGGUUUCACGGAGGUGACUGUGGAGAAUGUUCGGCGGGUACUGAGGGGGUGGAAGUAA